AUGAUAGAAACCAUUUCAACUCUCCACCUUUGGACAGUCAUCUGUGGGUCAAUCCUCUGGUGGGGACUCAAAAUUAACUGUGUCGAUGCAUGGGACAAAGUUACGAACGCAUGCUCUGCAGGGGUAGUGAUAAGGGAUCAUACUGGUAGUUUUCUUGAUGGCAGUGCGCAUUGUUUUCAGUCAUCACCAGUUGUGCAGGCUCAACGUCAUGCGAUCCGAAGUGGAUUAGAGCUGGUCCAUGUAAGAGGUUUCACUAAUGUUAUUGUGGAAACUGAUUCCAAGCUUCAUUCUCCUCUCUCUGGUGGACAUGGACUCCUCAAGAUGCGAACCAUGCAGCUGACUGGGUGGCUUCGCAAGCAAGACGGGGGUUGUGCGCCGAGGCUUGGGUCAUUCGAUCUCCAAUCACCUUGGUCUUCAUACUUUCACGGGAUGGUGUAUCUUGCCCACCGAACUUGA